UACAGCACCCUGGCAAGAAGAUAGAGCAAUGACAAGUCGACAAACUGCCGUAAGAAGGACAAAAAAUUACAUUGAAAGAGCUGUCAGUAGUGAACUUUGGAAAAUAAGAUAAGCUAACAGAAACAGGAAAUCGAAUCGGAAAAUGUGCCUGAUAAAGUUGUGGCAUAUCAGACCAAUAAGCGUACAAAACUUGAAGACAAGUAGCGUACAGUAGGUUCGCAUUUAGCAAGAAAUCUGUAAUCCUAGGUCAAACUAAUCAUGGGGUUGUGUGCCCUUUUCAUCGAUAGUUAUUAUAGCCUACUUACGAACGGAGAUGUCAUAUGCAGAUCAAAUAUUCAGGUAAAAGGUUUAGUCUUCAGGCUGAGGGCUAAUUAAAACAACUGUAUGCUAAAACUUCUAGAUUCAGCUUAUCAGUUAUUACAUUUAAACAGCAAAAUUAUUAGAAAAAUUGGCAAAGUUGUGCCUUGGAGAUAACAUUCGAGAACUCUCCCACGUGGUUCGUUUGUUUACCACUAGGGACUUCUGGGUAGUCGUUCUCAUGGUAACCAGUGUAAACACAUUCUGCCGCCUCAAAGUAACACGGAGCAUGAAUUUAGAAAACAGCACGCACAAUGAGAAUCGGUAUUAUGAAAAGAUUGGAUCUAUUCAGCAAAGUAUGCACGAAAGGGAAAAGCGGAGGCUGGAGUUGGAGAGGGAGCUGUUUGCCUACUCCCUAUCUGAUACAAGAAUCAAACAGAUAAAGUGUGCCAAACUGCGCAGCUAUCUCAAAGAAAUCUGUGAGAGGGAAAAGCGUGCAAAAACGAGAAACCUUGAGCUUCUGAGAGAUGUGAAGUGCAUAGAAAUGAGCUUGAAGGAAUAUGGACCUUCCCGUGCCACUCUACAACAACAAAAGGCUGAACACUUGGAUCGCAUUUCCAAUUUCAUGGCUGGAAGGAAAAAGAAAGAACAAAAGUCAAAUGAGCAAAAGGUUGAUUCUGCACACACACUAAACAAGCGAUACCCUGAUGCUCAGGUCACCGAAGACCUCGACCGCGUCCCACCGGGGACGUCGGCGGGACCCCUCCAGAGCUGCUCUGGCGGCGCCAAAGCUGUCGCCGCACGGGCGCCCUCACACCGAGCCUCAGCAUCCUCGGCGGCGGCGCCGGCAGUGCAUCACUCCCCCACUACACACGCACCCUCCCCCCAACGCCCCCCGAGUGGCCUUUUGAACGACCAUAGAGUCUGCCGAGAGGCUGCCACCGUCGGACCAGCAAAUCUAUCAGAUGACAUUUAUCAGGGCAACGGAGUUCGCCCCGACGGCUGUGAUCCAAGUGUCAGGCGCGAAAGGCCGGCGCCCGCGCCCGCGUCCUGCCGCAGCGUGACUAGCGAGGCUGCCGGAGGUGAGGAUGAGUAUUCACCGUCGCCGCCGGCAACCGCCACGCGACCUCAACCGAGUGCUUUACUCGCCGGUGACCUCAGCCCCGUUUGGUACAAGAAUCCCCCCGCAGACGCUGUCGCCCUUCAAUCCCCGGUCUUGGAGGAGAAAGACGUGACCCAUUCAGUGGCCCACACAUUCACCGGAGAGGAAUCGCAGGAAGUACCAGGUGAAGGCGAGGGGAACCUGAGAGUGGCCAGCUCUAGCGUGUUGUCGGUGAGCAGCGCCAGCGACCUGUCCAUCUCGCUGACCGAGUCGGAGCCAGAGGACGAACCGGCCGACGACGGGGGCUACCUCCACGACCGAGGGUCCAUGGCCAGCCCGUCCCCCGCCAGGCGUAGCCCUUCCCCUGUAGCUCCUCCACGAUCGUCCACGCCCGCAUCGCGGUCGGACGCAGAUUCACGACCUACAGAUGGCACCGCAGAAAGACUCACCCAUGAAGGACUCUAUCAUCUGCUGGAGAGCAUCGAAGGACGCCUCAGGGACUGCCACGCCGAUGCCUACCUGGCCUCUUUGAUUGAGGACGGCAAACUCGACGCAAUCAUCAGCCUCUGUAAUAGGGGAGCGCUGAGUGUGAGCGAUGCAGACCUGGUAGAAUGCAGCGCGGUGGUCCUACGCGAGCUCCAGAGGUUGUGCUGGAGCACGGAGAGGGGCUGCCUGCUGCCCUGGGAGCUGGUGGGGGGCCAGAGGGGCAGCCCCCAGCCGCAGGACAUCAGCUCAGGCCUCCCCCCUGACGGCGCUGGCCUGUGGGAUCGCUGGUUCAAGCACGCCCUUCUGCUGAAGGAGCGCCGCGUCAUCGGCACCGAGCGCCUGCUGCAGCUCUUCACGCCGCUGCUGCUGCCGCGCCAUGCCACCUACGGCCACCAGGCCAAAGUGCUGCUGAGGACACUUCUGUCCCGGUCCAGAGAGGAGUGUGCCAAGGAGGAAGAGCAGCAGCCGCAGCAGCAGCAGGAGGAGGAGGAGGAGGAGGAGGAGCGGAGGAGUGAUUCUUCUUCGUCGCAUAGUCGGAAACCGGAGGAAGCACCGACGUCCAGACCGCCAGAAAACCCGGGAGCACAAGCACUACAAAGUGGAGGAGAGGACAGCCAGGACGAAAGCCCCGUUGAAAGUAUUCCUAUUAGAGAGACGAGAGCAUAUCAGCUGCUUAAACAAUCCGCCGCGCAGAAGUGGCUUGAGGAGGAGGAGGGAGAGGACAAUGCACUUCCAGGAACAAACGACGGCGGUGAAGAGGACCCAGGGUGGGCAAAGCACUCGUCACAUCAAGACCCUUACCCCUGGAAAAAGAUUAACAACACCAAACCUGGACUAUCAAAAGCGGUCUGGGGAAAUUCCGACGACAGCAACUCAGACAUCGAAGCGGCGCUGCGUCCUCCAGCCUUCAACGCCAAGAACGACGACGACUCCGAUGACUUCUUUGACUGACGACUGGCCCGGCGUGUGGCUCCUCCUCCUGUACACACAUGCUUCAUACAUGCCGUGCGUUCCAUCCUGAAGCACUCCCUUCUCACUGCAAAGCAGACGUUUAUCGAAACGACACCCGUCUCCAUGUAACGGGUGUUUCAUGGAGACGGGUGUAAAACAGGAUUCCAUGUGAAUCCUUUGCACAGUGUAUUGUGAAAAAAAAAAAAGGACCACUGAUAAAGUUGAUGGCUCUCACGCCUGCUAAAGUGUGCACAAGAGUUGUCCAGUGCUUUGAUGUUAACCCUGCUUCAGUCUCUUGAUCUGAACAACUCUUGCGGGGCUCACAACAACAGCUUGAAAUAGAUUUAACAGAUCUUUUAAAGCGAUUUCUUUGCACCGGGCUGAACGUCAGGCAUUGUGAACGCCGCGAGCAUCUCCCGAGUGCGCCCGGGCUCUGGCGUGCUCGAGUAUAGUGAUGUGAGUCACCUGUAAAAAAAAAAAUGACAAAGCACAAUGGCCACUCUGGAGGCUAGCGGGCGACCCGUUAGCCCGCCGCUGAAGAGCCCCUCUAUCUCCUAGGGCAACACGCACCAAAAUAUAAAAAAAUAAAUGAAGUAUUCUGCCAUUCUCGCCAACUCGUAACGGAGCCAGCAGCAAAUUCUAACCCCUGAGGAUAUUUUUGGGGGGAUUUUCUUCAGCAUGUGUCUCCUCGUCCGGCAGGAAGUGAUGGAAAAGGAACGUUUUCUGACACAGUGCACUGUGUGAACAUGUGGCUUCCUUGUCUCUACACAGCACAAAAAUAAUGUGUGACAAACUAUUUGAUAUAUUUAGAUUUGAAGUAUUUACACACCACCGCGGCUGUAACCGUCACACGGUGAGUAGGGGACGGGCCAUAUCGAAUGUCUAUCCUCUUUUGCGUCGUUGCACAUUACAUGCCCAUUAAUUAGCCAAACUUCCUGUGUAGGCGGACACGGUCUGAAGUUUACAUUUACAGUUCAUUAUCUCUGCGCGCAAGCAGCCCCUAGCGUCCCGGCGUGUGUCAGCAGCAGCCCAUUAGUUAGCUCUACAGGUGACUUCACAUACCUGAACCUUCUAAAGUAGGCCUCCACACUCAUUACCAGUAAUGGCACCGGAAGCCACCACUGACGCACACCACCAAAUAACAUGCACCAAAAAACUAAAACCCAGCAAAGGACUGGGGUAGAAUACAUUUUGGUGUUAGCUAAAAGGCUCCCCUAGCAUAAUACCCAUGUUAAGGAGCGUGUCAACAGACACUUGUGUGUGUGUGUGUGUGUGUGUGUGUGUGUGUGUGUGUGUGUGUGUGUGUGUGUGUGUGUGUGUGUGUGUGUGUGUGUAUGUGUGUGCGGGUGUGUGUGUGUGCGCACGUAUAUGAAGAUAAUUUCCUAAUGCUCUUAUGUUUAACAACACAAUAAACAUUUUUUAAAGAACCACACAGACAUUAUGAUGUGGUAUUCUGCUUUCGCAGACCUGUUAUGUAGGCACAAAAAUGCGACGGUGACAUCACACAAUACCAUGCGACAAUAACAAACCCAGUGACAUCUCCUGUUCGUGACAUCAGAAUACAACCCUGUGGACAUGUGUAGGAAGGAAAGGAUUUAUAUCAGUAUGUAAAUUGCCUGAACAAUGGCAACCCUAGCCAGCACCACUUCUGAUUCACAUUCAAACUGUGUAUUUUGUUUUGGUGUAGAAUGAGCUAUCUUGUUGUAGAUAGGUGGACCCUAUCAGGGUCCACUGCUAGUUUAUCAAUGUACCCUGCUAUCAUUCAGCUUGCAAAACAGCCUGAGCUGUCUAUCCCAUGAUAUUUUUGAUACUAUUGCUAAAGAUCUCAUUGUAUACAUUUCUGAGGUCACGUUGAAUAUUGGUGCAUAUUAGGGUUUUUUGCAUUAAAUAGAAAACUGAAGUAAUGACCAGUUCAAUGACCAGUGUACGAUCACACUAUUUUGAUGUACAUUUGUAGGACCUUCUCCCUCAUCAUUCCAUGCACUAUACCUGCAGAUCACAAACAUUCAAACCGUCUCCAUUGUACAACGCCAUAUCCUCUCAAACUAAAUAACGGCAAUUCACUUAUAACUUCAAAAUUCAAUGGACACCGAAAAUUGUCCCUUUUUUCCUCUAAGAAAUUUAGCUGACAUUUUAAACACUUCCGGUUGAAUAUGUCUCUUUGAACUCAAAUUUUUCAUUGAAUAUGAACCUUCCGAGUACAAGGCGUGUAAAGUUAUCUAACCUUAGGACCACUUUCUGAUACCUUGAAUACCAAAAUGUUAAUUCUUUCAUUAUUAAGUGCAAUAGUAGCAGACACUUAUGAAUAUGAAAAGCGACAUUAUUAAAAUAAGAGGAUGCUAACAAAUUGUGAAAAUAGAUGAGAGCAAUUUUCUGUUGUUAUCAUUGGCUCUUUGUAUCUAUUAACGCAACUCAAGGCUCUUUGUCUGUCUUCCUUUGUCAGCAAACUGGUCAUUACAAAGAAACUCGGAGUUGCUCAUGAUCAAAGAGGUAGUUUCCAUUUUUUUAUUUUUACAUUCUGAAAUGUGUUAUGUUUUCUCUCCCUGCACAUAUAGAAAGAAAGAGACAAAAGCAUUGCGACGUCUGUAAUUACCUUUCGGCUGGAUGAAAUAAACCCUUUCUGAUUGUUACAGAGAAGGGACCCGCCAGACACAAUUAUUAGAAGUUAUUUUAUUCAGAGAUUCCCUACUAAGUCAUUCAAUGUAUUACAUUAAAACAUUGGGAUCCAGUAUCACACACUGGCUUGAUUAGCCAGUGAAACCUAGACCUACCCUAGAUCUCCAGUUAUCCAGCCUCUUUACCCUGUGUUAACUAGCCAUUGGUUACUGGAGGUGUGCGUAGCCAGUCAUGUUAUAUUUAUGUGCGUUAGCAUAGCAUUGCAUUCAGCCUUCAACAGCCGCCAAAGAAUGCCUUCCACAGUGUAGGCGGCAGCAGACACACACAAUGAUCAUGUCCAUUGGUAAUACAACUAUGUAGGAAUAGUUCUCAUCUUUGACUUUGAGUAAGGUUUGUCAGAAUAUGUUUUGUUAAAGUGGUUGCUGCAGCUGAAGACAUAAUGGCAUACCAGGCAUUACAUUCCAGCCUUUCAAAAUCAUACAACAGUGAGAAAUGUUAUUAUUACAAUGGGAUGCUAUUACAAUGGUUGACACUUGAACUCAAGACUAUUAACAAAUAAACCGCAUAUAAGUUC